UUUAUCAAGAGUACCCUGUGUCUUUGUUUAUCUUUAUUCAUUGCGAACGAAUAAUAGUCACGACUCAUAAUUCUACUGAUAAAUUGAUGUUUGUAACUUUGUGAAAGAAGAUUGAGAAGUUAGUACCUAGUUAAUUUCUUUGUGAGCGGAAAAUUAAAAGCACUUUGCCAUGUUUAAAGCUCUGGUUUUCUGUAUCCCCAUGAUACUGGGAUUAACUUUGGCAGCGGUAGAAACCAACAAGCGAGGAGGACAUGGUAUCUUCCACGGCCUCGAAGAAGCAGGAGGAAAAAGUUCCUGGUUAGAAGAAACAAAAGUGGACUCCGUUAAAAUCAGUAAGGGAAACGCGAACUCAUUACUCAGCAACACUGAUCCCAAGUCGAAAAAAAGCUCCAUAUACCUACAGCCUGAGCCAAGAGGCCUCGAAUAUUUGUUGGAUGUACCUGACCACAAUCCGCUCCUAACGAACUUCUACAGAAGAAGACGUGCUACUGAUAAAUAUGAGCUCAAUAAAAUAAGAAACAUAAGACAAAUCAACCUCCAACCAGGUAAUGUUAUACCUGGAUCUAGAGGUCAGGCUGUCCUAUAUGGAGUUCCUAACGGAGGUGUUCCAUCCUACCAAAACGGUGGGUUCCCUCAAGGAUCCCCCAAUCAAAAUAGCGGAGUUCCUCAAGGGAUUCCUUCGGGUCCGUAUCAAAAUGGCGGAUUUCCUGAAGGAAUUCCUUCACGUCCUUAUCAAAAUGGUGGACCCCCUCAAGGACCUGACUCACAUUAUGGUGGAUAUAGAACUUAUGGUUAUUAGGCCCUUUAUUUGGUAUUCAACCAACAUAACAUUUUAUCCAUAUUUUUCAUCUCAUAUUCGAUAAUUUCAAAUCACCUAUUCAUAUUGAUAUACAAAUGAAAACCCAAUAUGUUCCUAAUAAAAAUAAAUUUAUUUCAUGAGAAA